GCUGACACGCAUCUUACGUAACAUGAGUACACGUAUUUAAGCUCACAAUGUAGUGGAAAAAGAAUACAUCAAGAGUUCAAGAAAACAAGACACAUCUCUGAUAUACUAUCCAGCAGAAACACUCAGUUUGCUGUUCGGAGCACAUUUCCUGAGAGUUCCAGUGUUCUCUGAGAAACGAUGGCGGUCUGGACUGUUUAUCUGUCUAUCUGUCUUCUGGUCGCUUUGAAUGCUUCAGUGGAAACGCGUCCUGUUGAAAUUAAUUGUGGUGCCUGUGCGACAGGAUGGACUGCCUUUGGAUGCAGAUGCUUCAAGUUUUAUAAUGAGCUUCGACCAUGGGCUUCAGCUGAGUAUGCGUGUUCGGUCUAUUAUAAAGGGAACCUUGCUUCUGUACACAGCCAUGCGGAGUACAUGUUCAUAAAGGACCUGAUUAGACGCACAACUUAUGGAUUAACACCUACCUGGAUCGGAGGCCGUAAUGCUGAGGGACUUUGGUUCUGGAGUGAUGGAACCGAAAUUAACUAUAAAAUAUGGUCGCCUGGACAACCCAGUAACGGUAAAGAUGAGCUCUGCGUUGAGAUGAACUCUGUCAAUGGCAACUGGAAUGAUGUGAACUGUAGAGAAGAUAAGCCUUUUGUGUGUGUGAAAUAAACCAGCAUGUGAAGAAUCAAUGUAGAAGAAACAAGCUACUGAUUCAUUUACUUUCCAUUAGAAAUGUUUAAUGGAGGCUAAUAAAUGUGUUAAAGGAUUAGUUAACUUUUAAAUAAACUUUUCCUGAUAA